CGACAAUCGGCCGGGCCGCCUGCAGCCCGCCGAGGAUCGCCACUUGGUCAAGAGUCGCCUGCUGCAGGGCCGCGCCACCUUCCGGCCGGGCCACCUGCCGGCGCUGCACAUCAAGCCGGUGGGGAGCAGCGACCAGGCCAACUAUACCUGCAGGGUAGACUUCCGGAUAGCCACGUCGCGGCGCACACACCUGAGUCUCCACGUGGUUGUGCCGCCGGAGCCGCCCGUCCUAAGGGCUGGGGGUCAGCGGGCGACGGACGGAGUGCUGGGGCCGCUGCAGGAGGGCGGCGCCUUGGAAAUCACCUGCAGCGUGGCGGGCGGCGACCCUCCGCCCUCCGUCUUGUGGAGGCGAGACGAGGAGGUCUUGGACUCCACGUCGGAGUCGCGGUCCCCAGCACUCACGGUCAACCGGCUCAGCAUCCUGCGGCUAACACGGGACUACCACAACGCCAGACUCACCUGCCUCGCUAUCAACAACAAUGUCACAAGCCCCGCCAGCGCCUCCGUCACCGUCAAAAUGAACUUGCGGCCCCUGGUGACGAGGAUAGAGGCCCCGCCCAAGUGGCUUCGGGUGGGCCGCGAGUUCGAGAUCUCGUGCGUCGUGGCGGGCAGCAGACCACACCCCAACGUGACCUGGACGCUCGGCACGCUCACCAGCCUCACGCCCCUGCCGGCGGAGACGGAGCACGGGGUCAACGUGAGCACUUCGCGCGUCAAAGUGGUCGCCUCCCGCCGCCACCACGGCCAGCGUCUCACCUGCACCGCCGUCAACCCGCUCGUCCCCAGCGCUGGACUCUCAGACUCCACGCUCCUCAACGUCACCUACCCGCCCGUGGCCACAAUGGAGCUUGGUCGCGGCGUGUCCUCGAUCGUGAAGGAGGGCGAGGACGUCUACUUUAACUGUAACGUGGAUUCCAACCCGCCGACCUACAAGAUAUCGUGGUUCAGGAGGAGCCAGGCCAUCCUGCACCACCCCGCGCAAGGCAUCCUGCUCAGCGGUAACAGCCUGGCCCUGCGCGGCAUCACCAGGCACCAGGCGGGGCCUUACACCUGCUCCGCCUCCAACGUCGAGGGGGAUGCCCACAGCCCCCCACUCACCCUCCACGUCAACUACGCCCCGGUGUGCGCGGCGGGCGGGGCGGGGCGGGUGCUGGCGGCGGGGCUGGAGCAGCAGGUGAACGUGACCUGCCAGGUGGAGGCGGCGCCGUCCGCGGUGAGGUACUCUUGGGUGUUCAACAACUCGCUCACCUCACACCGGCUGCCCGGCGACCAGGUCUUCAUCACGCCAGACGGAGGCAGCGCCGUGCAGUUCGUGGCCCACACCCACCAGGACUACGGGACGCUGCAGUGCUGGGCCCAGAACCACGUGGGGAAGAUGACCCAGCCCUGCCUCUUCCACGUGGUGCCCGCAAGUCGCCCCGAGCAGCCUGCGCGAUGCCUCGUGGUGAACAAGACCUAUAACUCACUGGUGGUGGAAUGCACGCCUAGGUUUGACGGCGGCCUGCAGCAGGUCUUCAUUGCCAAGGUGUUCGAGGCGGUGACGGGCCGGGGACAGGUGAAUGUGACCUCCGAGUCCCCGACCUUCACCCUGGAGGGCCUCACGCCUGGCCUCGACUACAUCAUCCAGGUGACGGCGAGGAACAAGCUGGGCAGCUCUGAUCCCGUGAAGCUGGAGGCGCUCACCUACAAGAUGGCCGAGAACAGGAUGAGGGACGAGCAGGGCGAUGAAGGCGUCGGCGGCGGGGGUGACCCUGGCGGUGGUCUGCUGCUGGUGAGCCUUGUGGUGGCGGCCGCUGUGGUGACGGUGGCGGCGGCGGUGGGCCUGGCUGGGCGCUGCCUCUGGGCGCGGCGGCACGACAGAGAUCUGAUUACCGGUGGAAACAGGAGCACAAGAGGCUACUCGGCGCCGCCUGAGAGGCACAGCGAACGGCUCUCAGGUGAGGACGCAACAGCCACAGAUGACGACGACGUCCACUUCGAGGUUCCAUCGAUCAGUCUUGAGGCGCACCUCGAGCCGGAAACGCGCGUUGCGGAAAACGCCCUCUAACGCCCCCGCCCGCCAGCAGCUCAGCGCCUCAGCCCACCUCAGCUCAGUCCAUGUUCACCCGUUUGAUCCCGAGACCUCUUAUCCUUGUAUAUACCUCCACUACCUCCAUUCCUUUAACCUUCCCUUCCUCCUUCCCGACGUGCAACAACCCAGCUUUGCUCAACCCUUCACCCCUAUGAUCCCGGGGGUGGUUGACACCUCUUCUCCAGCACCGCCAUCCCUUCAACUCACCAUCCUCCAUUUCUUCCCGAUAUGCAGUAACCCGGCUCAGCUCAGGCCAUGUUUACCCUCGAACCCCAAGUCCUGACCACACUUACACCCUCACUACCUUCACGUCUUCUAUCUCCCUCCGUCUCUCACUACUUCUUUCUCUCCCUCACUCACUCUCUUUUCGAUUUGCAGUAAACACAUCCUUUUGGUUCUCACGUGACAGUCGGUGAGUUAUGUAAAAAUCUGGAUACGUACUUUGGGCUCAUUAAUAAGCGCAGCCGCAAUGUUCACCUCCGUCUCCAAGGCCUCUGUCUAUGUUUGGUAGUGCUGUUAUUUAUCCAGGAUGUUUUGGGUGUAAGAAUGCGUCAUCAUUUUCAUACUAGGUAUUUCUUCUAUGUGUCUUCAGAGGCAUCAAUGGAAAGGUGCGAUGAGUAGCUACACUCAGGGUUCGAACCGCGGUUUGAGCGAAUUAGUGGUUCAGUGACCAAAAACAUUAAUCAGUUUACCAACGAGACUAGGGUAUUCAGGUCAAAUAUUUAUCGCCAUAGAUCAACCCUAAAGUACCAGUCAGUAGCCAUUUUAUUUAUUGGUCAGUCAAUCAGUCAAUCAAUGUUCACAGCUGAGCGCCUUGCAUUGAGCUGACUGAGCUCCCGAGCCGUGGCUGCGUCAGGCCCGGCUGCUCCCUCCGACAGUUUUGUGUUCCCCUCUGCCUGACGAACCACCAGCAGCUGUUCCGAACUUUUUGUAAUGACCCGCUACAAUCCAUCCCUUGUUAAUGGCCAGUCGAUGAGUUAGCAGAAUAAUGAAAUAUACACUUAUUAAAGUUAUUGACAUUUUUUUAUUGUCUGUGUGCGUCCUUGAUUCAUACACGUUCGGAACACAGGAAGCAUUUGUCCACUGCAUUUACUGGUUAGAAAAUAGCUUUGAAAUACAGAAGUACUCGUUUAUUAUUCCUUCGUCCUAUUAUUUUACACAACGCGGCAUUGCUUGAAUAUUUAGUUUUAAACUUUUUUUUUUUUCAAUAUCUCUGGACUGACAAUGCCCUCACGGUGGCGGUGAUGCAGGAGAAUGUAUUUAUAUCUAAAUUUUAUUCGUUCCAUUAUUUAUAAUCUGUGCCAUGUGUAUUAGCCUGGUGAGGCCGUGCCGCGAAUGAUCGAGAGAGGUGAAUACGUUUUACUGCAGAAACGACUCUCCACCCACCCCCUUUCCAUCACCCUCCCUCCUUCACAGUCCUUCCCUCCCUUCCCUCCGACAAGCAGCCUCUCCUCCGCCCCACCCCUCCUGCUCUCCCUCCCAGCCCUGACAAGGCGUCGCUCCUCACUCUCAUUCCCCUCCCUCCUAGUCCUUCCGUCCCUCCCUUCCUCCCCUACCCCUCUCUCCCUUCCUGACUUCUACCCGUCCCUCUCCGUCUUGUUGCUGAAGAGCCGACAAACAGUUACUCCUCCUCCCUUCCUUCCCCACACCCCCCCUUUUCCCUCCUAUCCUCUCCUUGCCUCCCUUUGUUCCCUCCCCGCCUCGUUGCCCAGCAUUACGAUCCUCGUGACUGCCAACACAACACAAAUGGGUAAAUUUGUGCAGAUAGUUGCUCUCCCGCUUUCCCUCCUGCCGCCUCGUUAUCUCCCUCUCAUCCCUUGGCCUGCUCACCUGCAUCCCUUCCCGCCAGUCCACCCUUCCCUCACUCCUCUACGAUCAUCAUUUCAGUUGUUAGUGUCCGCCAUAAUGUAAAUAUCGGAUAUUUAUUAGUCGAGUUACGUGUAAUGUAUAUGUAGCUGUGAUAAGAGUCUUUAUAUGUAACACAAAUGGCGUCUAUUUUUACAGUCGACAUGAUACUAUGUUUUGUGUCCAUGUAUGAAGUGCUCGACAAUAAA